AUGCGCGAUAUUGAAAUUUUGGAUCCCAGAAAUCUUGUGAAGAAUCGUGAAAUCCUAUAUAGACUUAUUAUAAGUCAAUUGAUGUACGAUGGCCUGGAAAAAUUUGCAAUGGAACUCUCUAUGCUCGUGAAAGCAGAUGAAUGUGCUCCGAGCGAACGCUUGUUACAUGUUAUGAUCGCUGGCAUGCAGGCUACAACGGAAAAACCUAUAGCUCCUAAGGACGACGUGCUGCCUGGCAUUGAUUUGGAGUUCGAACCUGAAGCGUCUGCGCUAGCACCUGAGCCAGCUUCUUAUGAAACUGCUUAUGUCACAUCGCACAAGCAAUCAUGUCGUGCGGGUGCAUUUAGCCACGAUGGUACAUUGGUUGCCACUGGUAGUGUAGAUGCUAGUAUAAAAAUUUUAGACGUUGACCGUAUGUUGGCUAAAUCGGCACCAGAAGAUAUUGAACCAGGACGCGAACAACAAGGUCACCCAGUUAUUCGUACACUUUAUGAUCACACAGAUGAGGUGGCCUUUUUGGAAUUUCACCCAAGAGAACACAUUUUGGCUUCUGGUUCGCGUGAUGGUACC